GGUAUUAUUUAAUCGCAAGAAUAGCAGGCUCAGCAGAGAUCAGAUAAGUAUUCCAAACUAAGAGUGAGAGAUAUCAGAUAUGGCCAUGAAGCGUGUAGGUACUUCUUCCAUCAGUGCUUUAGCUUCUUCCUCAACUGUUUUCACCAGACAAGCGCAUGCUUCUUCCGGAAGCAAGAAGAUUGUUGGGGUGUUUUACAAGGCCAACGAAUAUGCUUCAAAGAAUCCUAAUUUUUUGGGCUGUACGGAGAACGCUUUGGGCAUUCGUAACUGGCUCGAAUCGCAAGGUCAUCAGUAUAUAGUCACUGAUGACAAAGAAGGACCGAACUGUGAACUCGAGAAACAUCUUCCUGAUGCACAUGUCCUCAUAUCAACACCUUUUCACCCUGCCUAUGUUACAGCAGAAAGGAUCAAAAAAGCCAAAAAUUUGCAACUUCUUCUUACUGCUGGAAUUGGUUCUGAUCAUAUUGACCUGCAAGCUGCUGCUGCUGCUGGUUUAACUGUUGCAGAGGUCACUGGAAGCAAUGUAGUCUCAGUGGCAGAAGAUGAACUCAUGAGAAUCCUCAUUCUUCUCCGUAAUUUUGUACCUGGAUACCAUCAAAUUAUCAAUGGGGAAUGGAAUGUUGCAGGUGUUGCCUAUAGAUCUUACGAUCUUGAAGGGAAGACAGUGGGAACUGUCGGUUGUGGACGUAUUGGCAGGCUUUUACUCCAACGUUUGAAACCUUUUAAUUGUAAUCUUCUCUAUCAUGACCGGGUGAAAAUGGAUCCAGAAUUGGAGAAACAGACCGGGGCAACAUUUGAGGAGGAUGUUGAUAUAAUGCUUCCCAAAUGUGAUGUAAUUGUCAUCAACACGCCUCUUACUGAGAAAACAAGAGGAAUGUUUGACAAAGAUAGGAUUGCGAAGCUGAAGAAGGGAGUCAUGAUUGUUAACAAUGCUCGAGGAGCCAUCAUGGAUACUCAAGCAGUUGUUGACGCAUGCUCAAGUGGACACAUUGGAGGUUAUAGUGGUGAUGUCUGGAAUCCACAGCCGGCUCCUAAGGACCACCCUUGGCGUUACAUGCCAAAUCACGCUAUGACUCCUCAUAUUUCGGGUACAACUAUUGAUGCACAGUUGCGAUAUGCUGCCGGAACUAAGGAUAUGCUUGAGAGGUACUUCAAGGGACAAGACUUUCCUGAACAGAAUUACAUAGUGAAGGCAGGCGAACUGGCACCCCAGUACCGAUAAGUUGAUGUCUUUCGUCAAGUUCGUCUCAUUUAUGCAGCCUCUAAAGGUUUAACGUUGGCAAUGUUGUUCUUUCUAUGGGCAAGCUCCCUCUGAAAUAAUGUGACUCUGCAGAUGUCUUUUGUCGAGUUCUUUCCCUUUAAAAUAACAGAACUUUGUGAUAUUUUGCUCGUUGAACUUCUACUCCAUGAUCUAUGAGUGAAAUUACUACCGAAUUUCCCAUUA